CGGCAUUUCAAUUCAACAACCAUGUUGGGAGGAACUGGUCUUGCUGGUCGCGGCGCUAUGCCUGCCAUUGCCCGCCAGCGAUUGCUUGCUUUCUCGCGCUCUAGUCGAUCGAUGUCCUCAUUCCGACCGCAAGCCUCCGGAAACGCUCUUCGCUAUGGAGCGUCUAGCCGGCCCAUGGCUAAGACUUCCUCGCUGCGGUCUGCGUCCGCCAUCCCUGCUAUCUCCGCUGCUCGUUUCAAUUCGACCACGGCCGCCCCCGCAGACGCUCCUACCGUCGUUCCUACUCCCGAAGUUGUUGAGGCCGUGCCAGACUUGGCGGAGAUUGACAUCACGACGAUCCCGGAGAAGAUUGGCUACCUGAAAGAAUUGGGGUUGGACUACGGCUGGGGUUUCUCCUCGACGAUAGAAUGGAUCAUCGAGCAUGUUCACAUCUACUCGGGACUCCCAUGGUGGGCGAGUAUUAUCAGCACUGGUUUGCUGGUCCGUCUGGCCAUGGUGAAGCCCACGCUCGAGGCUGCCAAUGCCACCACCAAGCUCAACAACAUCAAACACCUCACGACCCCGAUCCGGGCCAAGCAGAUGGCCGCCUCGCGUGAGAGCAACAUGCUCGAGAUGAACAAGGCCCGGGCCGACAUGCAGGAGCUGCACACAAAGCACGGCAUCCAGCCUUGGAAGUCAAUGAUUCCCUUGAUCCAGAUUCCCCUCGGCUUUGGGUGCUACCGGGUAAUCAAAGGCAUGACUUCCUUGCCGGUGCCCGCUUUAACCUCGGAGCAUGUUGGUUGGCUCCAGGAUCUUACAAUCGCCGACCCCCUCUACAUCCUGCCCGCCGUCAGCUCCUUCUUCUUGUACUUUUCCCUCAAGAAAGGAGGAGAGUCUGGAAGCAACGCCAUGCAGAACACCGAGAUCGGAAAGGCGGUGCUGUACGGUCUUCCUGCCAUUUCCUUCAUGUUCAUGGCCUUUUUCCCUGCGGCUCUGCAGUUGUACUUCACGAGCACCGGUCUCGUUGGUAUGACCCAAGCAUACCUGCUUUCCAAGCCUGCUUUCCGCCAAUGGGCCGGAAUCGCCCAGGUGGAAAAGGUUGAGUUGGCUCCUGGCCAAGAGCAGAAGAACCCCAUUCGCAUGCUCCGUGAGAUGAUGGAGGCUGAAACUGCUAAGCAGCGGGAAGCCGCCGCCGUCGCCGCCGCCGCUGCCCGUGCUCCGGAGCAGCAGGUGAGCUAUAUCGACCGUGCGAUUCAAAACUUCAAGCAGUCCAAGGAUAAAAUCAAGCAGGAGGCAAGCAGCAAGAUCGACGAGAUCCGUGGCACGGGACCCAAGCUGAACGAGGACGGGUCGGUGGCGGAGCCCCCGCGGUUGAGCGAGAAGGACCGCAAGACGGCGGAGGACUACGAGAGGCGGAGAAAGGAAGAGGAGGAGUAUAAGCGCGAGGAGCGCAACCGGGCCCGCCGCGAGGCGCACAUGAGGCUGUUGGAGCAGCAGCGCCAGCAGGCCCGUUCAACGAUGAAGCGAUGAAUUCCACACCCUAGAACCUGCACCAGAAAGGAUGCGGACUGGACAUGAUCAGCUAGCUGGAGUGGACUUUUGGGAGUUGUAUUUCUCUGUAUAUUAUGGGUGUUUUGUUCGAUUUUCAUUCUCAUUUUCUUUCAUUUCAUCAUCGGCAUGAUUACCAUGUGCUUCCAACCUCGUUUAAAAAGAAUGCAUUGGGAUUUGGGAUCUGCAAUGAUCUUGUCCAUAGUUUCCUCACGGUUGCAACUCAGUGUCUGGGCUUUGUCAGCACCGGGGAUUUAACUAGUUAUUUAGUUGAAGUCCGUCACCAACAACACUU